CCAUCAUGUCACGUGACCUAAAACCGCGCGAAAGUUUACUAAGGAAGGGUACCUGUUUCUACGCUGGAAAGCUAAAUAACAUUAAACUCGUGAGGUGAAUUAUACUUUUAAUAGCCAUUCUGACAGAAAUGUCUUCACCAGCAAGCACGCCAAGACGAAGCAGACGGGGUCGAAGCGGUUCAGAACUCGGCAGUCCUGAAAGUAAUGGACAGCAAGAUGAUGGACCAACAGGCACAAGAACCCCAACAAGAAGUAGGACCAGGGCUGGCUCUUCAACUCCAUCUUCUGCAUCAAAAAGAAGUGGACGAAAGCUACAAAGAUCAUUGGAGGAAGAAAUGCCAUCACCAGCCCAGCGGAGACGUGUUGAUUCAUCUCCAGGAAGUGAACUGCAGCCUUUGCCACCUUCACCCCCUUCAGGGCAUCAUGGAGAGGAGUCAUUAUUUUCAAGUCCCCGAGUUGGAGCACCAGCCAGUGAGAUCGACCUAAGCUCUCCUCUGAAUUAUGGAACACCAGACUCACGCACCACAGGUACACCUCGUACCCCUGGAAUAGGUGCUACCCCUAUCCGCCAGCGCCCUGAUGUGCGCAGUGAUCGUAAGAUGAGACAGGUUGCCCUGGGCAGUUCAGAUGGAUCAGAGCAGACAAGACAAACAAGCGAGCCUGGAAGUGAUGUUGCAGCAGGACCUCAGCUUGUGAUAUGGGGCACUGAUGUUGUCGUCAGCCAGUGCAAGGAGAAGUUUGUGAGAUUUGUUUCUCGAUUCAUUGAUCAGUCUGUAGAUGAUGAUGAACGUUUCGAUGGCAUGGACAUUCGGGAACCAUAUUAUCUACAGCGCCUGGAUGAGAUCAAUGCUGUUGGAGAGCCAUUCUUAAACGUUAACUGCAGUCACCUGAAGCAGUUUGAUGCAGACUUGUACCGACAACUCAUUAACUAUCCUCAGGAAGUCAUUCCAACCUUUGACAUGGCCAUCAAUCAGUUGUUCUUUGAUCGUUUUCCAGAUGCCAUGCUGGAACAUCAGAUUCAAGUCCGCCCAUACAAUGUGGACAAAACGAGCAACAUGCGUUCGUUGAACCCUGAAGACAUUGACAAACUGAUCACUAUUGGUGGCAUGGUGAUUCGCACAUCCUCACUGAUCCCUGAGAUGAGAGAAGCUUUUUUUCGCUGCUAUGUAUGUGGCAACACAACCAGUGUUGAAAUUGACAGAGGCCGUAUUGCAGAGCCCACUUUAUGCACACACUGCAAUACCAACCAUUCUUUUGCCUUGGUGCAUAAUCGCUCACAUUUUACCGACAAACAGAUGAUCAAGCUGCAGGAAUCUCCAGAGGACAUGCCUGCUGGACAGACUCCACACACAGUGAUCUUGUACGCACACAAUGACUUGGUGGAUUCUGUGCAGCCCGGUGACAGGGUGACUGUUACUGGUAUUUACCGUGCUGUGCCACUUCGGGUCAAUCCUCGUAUGCGAAAUGUGAAAUCUGUGUACAAGACUCACAUUGAUGUUGUGCACUUUCGCAAGCUGGACAGCAAACGAUUAAAGGAGCUGGAUGCUGACAAAGAUAAUGGGAAACAAGCUGCUCUCACUCCAGAAAGGAUUGAAGUGAUCAAGUCGCUGUCAAAAAAGUCUGACAUCUAUGAACGACUAGCCCGAGCCAUUGCUCCCUCCAUCUAUGAAAAUGAAGACAUAAAGAAAGGAAUUCUUCUGCAGCUUUUUGGUGGUACAAGGAAAGAUUUCAGCAACACUGGGCGAGGACAGUUCAGGGCUGAGCUGAAUCUUCUGCUUUGUGGAGACCCUGGGACCAGUAAAUCCCAGCUUUUACAGUAUGUUCAUGGACUGGUCCCCAGGGGCCAGUACACAUCUGGGAAAGGGUCCAGUGCUGUUGGUCUGACAGCCUACGUAACCAAGGAUCCAGAGACAAGGCAGCUGGUUCUUCAGACGGGUGCUUUAGUGCUGAGUGACAAUGGGGUGUGUUGCAUUGAUGAAUUUGACAAGAUGAAUGAGAGCACACGUUCCGUUCUGCAUGAGGUUAUGGAGCAACAGACUUUGUCAAUUGCAAAGGCUGGAAUUAUCUGUUCCUUAAAUGCCCGCACUUCCAUUUUGGCUGCGGCCAACCCAGUAGAGUCUCAAUGGAAUAAGAACAGAACCAUCACAGAGAACAUACAGCUGCCUCACACGCUGCUGUCUAGGUUUGACCUAAUUUUCUUAAUGCUUGAUCCUCAAGAUGAGAUGUAUGAUCGGCGGCUUGCUUCUCAUCUUGUAUCCCUCUACUUUCGCGGUGCUGAUGAGGAAGAAGAAGAAAAUUUGGACAUGAGCAUCUUGAAGGACUACUUGACAUAUGCAAAAAACUUUGUGCAUCCUGGUAUUGGAGAAGAAGCUGGCCAGGCUCUUAUUCAGGCCUAUGUGGAGAUGCGGCAGGUGGGCAGUUCCCGAGGUCAAGUAUCUGCUUACCCCCGCCAGCUGGAAUCUCUCAUUCGCCUUUCAGAAGCUCAUGCACGCAUGCGUCUAGCCCAGCUAGUUGAAGUUGCUGAUGUGGAAGAAGCUCGUAGGCUCUAUAAGGAAGCCCUGAAACAAGCAGCUGUUGAUCCAUCUACAGGAAAGAUUGAUAUCACCAUUCUUACGACUGGUAUCAGUGGAGCUGCACGCAAGCGCAAGGCUGAGAUUGCAUCAGCUCUGAAGGCAAUGAUACAGGAGAAGGGCAAGGUGCCAACUCUGAAGUAUCCUAAGGUGUUCGAGGAAUUUAGAGAGAAAUCAGAUUUUCCCAUAAGCAAAGAGAUGUUUGAUGAUGCACUGAAAGAACUUCAAGAUGAAGACUUCUUGAUUGUGACAAACAAGGUCAUUCGUCUGUGUUCAUGAAAAUACAAGCUUCGGAAGACUUGAAAAAUUCUUUAAUAAUGUUUAUAGUAAACUUUCACAUUUAAUAACUGGACUGCUUGUUUGUGGGGAAUGUAGAAGGCUAGAUGUCUUCAAUGGUCAGCUGCUCCAUGUGUAACAUGCCUCGCUUGGUGCCAGCACGAUACCUUGCCAGGUCUUUCCUUGUCACCAUUCCGAUGGGCUUGAUUGAACAUAAAGAAUGUUUUAUGAGCUUCUUGCAAAAAAGAACUAUGCAAAUGGCGUAGGGAAAUGACAAAUGUCAGAAAAAUCUUACCUGAAAUUCUUCAUCUAAAACCACCAAAUGCCGUAAGCCCAGCCCACGGAAUAGUCGGAAAAUGCGAGGCAAGGAAAAAUUCUGCAAUGAGAGGCUCAAACGCAUGACCAUGCAUCAAGAAACUGAUAGUUAUGAGUGGAUAAAUUUGAGAAAAUCCAUUUAUUUCAAAACUUAUAUUGGGCAAGACCUAUAACCUACUCUGAAGUGGUGCAUUUCUCUGGAGUUUUAUUUACAUAUAGUCCAACAAACCAUCUCUGAUUGGCCAAACUGAAUUUUAGCUCUUCCUAUACAGUUCUCCAUCCUCGAAUGCCUUUAUAGCUUUAGUUCAAUUGUGUUGAUACAUCUGAGUUAAAGGUCUAUCAACAAAACAUUUUGAUUGGCUACACACAGCUGUAAUGGUGUAUGGAGUCCUGUUCAUGUAAGGUUGAACAUCAAUCAACUGGUGCUUCUCUUCAUCUGUUAUCUUUAUGUCCUGCACAAUUAAAAAAUAAAAUCACAUGGCUUUUUUUUUUCUGGUGUGGGGGACAAAGUAUAAUUGUUUUGAUAGAUCUGACAGAAUUUCCUAUAUAGAAAACAUAAUUUUAAAACCAAAACAGAGUUAUUCCAUACCUUGACAGAAAAACGAGAAGAAGCAAGACACAGAUCGUUGAAAUCUUCAAAGGAUAGUUUUACUGUUGUGGUCUGGCCUUCAGGGGCAAAAGCCUGUUUAAAAAAAAAAAAACAGUUCAGGGGUUAAAAAAGGAAAAUGGGCCAAAUUGGUAUCCAUGUAGCCACUAAAGUGUAUAUGCUAAUAUAGCUAAAGUGGUCUACAGUUGCUCUGAAUGCAGCUAGUGUUGACAGUUCUGCAGAUGUUUACCUUUGAUCAUCAAGCAUUCUGUAUUAGCAUGGAAUGCAUUCUUACAUAUGUUACAAGGGUACAGAAGUAGCAUACCUUCUUCUGAAGCAUUGCAAGCAGCUGAGAUCGUAAAAUAAUUCCCUGAAGCUUGCCUUUUUUCUGUGAACAGAGUAACAUGAUCGCAAUGACUGUCCUUGUAAGAGAAUUUCAAUAUUCAGAUACAGUAUAGGGCAAUUAAGCCAUGGUGAUUGGGGUUCAAACUGCUUAACCGCAGCUUUGAUAUUUUUUUGAUGCAUAAAUUACAACAAACAAUGAAAAAAUUAAUAAAGGUAUUUUUGAUCACAA